UUUUGGUCCAAGUUUCUGUAAAUUUCCUGUUUUAGUUUCUGUUCUCAUGCCAAUAUAAGUGAGAGUCAAAUCAUCAUUGGCCUUUUUAACAAAAGAUGAUGAUGAUGAUGAUGAUGAUUCUUAUUUUAAGUCAUUUUGGAUAAAAGUGUCUGCUGAAGUAAAUCUGGCUCAGUUUACUGCAUACAUCAGAUGACACGUACGUGUGUUUUGAUGACAGGCUGUGAUUUUCCCCAAAGGCGUUCUCUCAUGUCUCUUGAAAAACUGGUUUCCUUUGUUUUCCCAGAGAUGAGUUUCAGAGCUUUUUCUUGAGAAGCCAGUUCAGAUGAGGAACAAGAAGUCUACAACUGUCCUAGUUUUUCACAACAUGAAUCAGUAGGAUGACGGCGUCUGUUUCAGAGCAGCUUCUGGAUGCUCUGGAUGAUUUAGAAACAGAUAAACUGAAGAGGUUUAAAUGGCACUUAGAGAAACAUUACUGUGUUAAAAAGGCUGAUCUGGAGAAGUCAGAUGCUCCUGACACAGUAGACCUGAUCAUGAGUCGUUUUGGACCAGAAGAAGCUGUGAAGAUCAUGGUGGACAUUCUGAGGAAGAUGAACCAGAAACAUCUGGCUGAACAGUUGGAGAAAAAACACAAGCAAGACUUUGUUCCCAGGACCAGGAAUGACUUCCUACAAUAUUCCCAUCAGCUCACUCUGGAUCUGAACACCAUGAAUGAAAGGAUCCGUCUGUCUGAGAGGAACACAGUGAUUACUAACACUAACCCAGACCUUCAGUCGUAUCCUGAUCAUCCAGACAGAUUUGAUCACUGGCCUCAGGUGUUGUGUAGAGAGAGUGUGUGUGAUCGACGCUGUUACUGGGAGAUUGAGUGGAGUGGAGAUGAAGAGUAUAUAUCAGUGUCAUAUAAGAGCAUCAGGAGGAAGGGAGGGGGUGAAGAGUGUUUGCUUGGACAUAAUGAACAGUCCUGGAGUUUGUACUGCUCUUCCUCCAGAUACUCAUUCAUAUACAAUAGCACAGAAACCUUUCUCAAUGUAAAGCCCAUCAGCAGUAGAGUAGGAGUGUAUGUGGAUCACAGUGCAGGAACUCUGUCCUUCUACAGUGUCUCUGGAGACACAAUGAGCCUCAUCCACACAGUCCAGACCACAUUCACUCAACCACUCUAUCCUGGGUUUAUGGUUUUAUUUACUGGAUCAUCAGUGAAACUGUGUUGAUGAAUCAGACUAUAGGCUUCAUUACAUUAAUACUGUCACUGAAAUAUGUCGAAAUAAUUGUGUGUGAUAAAUGAUAAAUCAUAUGGAUAAGUGUGUGUGUUAAAUCCUCAUAUAAACAGUCAGUGUGUGUAUCUGUGCUUUUCUCAAGUUUGUGUUGAUGGAAAUAACUUUCAUUUAGUUCACAAUAAUUUAUCAUGUAUGUAGAAUUGAGAUUAGUUGAACAUAUUUUAAUCCAGGUGUAUUUUAGGGGUUCAAGUACUGAAGCUGCUGCAUCAUUAUUGUGUUUGUACUGUUUUAUCAAUUAUUGUUGUUCUGCUCUAAACAUGUCUGGGUGUCAGACUGUAAGUGAUCUCAAGCUUUGAAAUAUUAAUAAUAAUAAUAAUAAUAAAAAAACUUCUCAGAGA